GGGGCGGGCCCGCCUUGCGAUGAUGGAUUGAACUGCAGUCGCCUGGCUGGAGGCCCGAGGAGCCAGGAGGCAAAGGCAGAGGAGGAGGAAGGAAAAGAGGAAGAAGAAGAGGCGAGGAAGGAGGGCUGACUGACUGGGCUUCCCUCCUCCUCCUCCUCUUCGUAGGCGGGAAAGGAGUGGCUCCCUCCUCCCCACAAGAGAGAAAGAAAGGGAAGGAAAGAGGCAGGAGGAAAGAGGAGCAACGAGGGAGCCCCUCUGACUGAGCCCAGGGUCUCCCCGGAGCCCUCCCCUCCAUCUCCUCCCUCCUUCCUUCCCUCCUUCCUUCCUUCCUCCUCUCCCUGCCUCCCUCCUCCUCUGAAGCUGAGAGAGCAGGGAAAGGGAGGCUGGCCAAGGGAGCCGGCGCUUUGUUCUGCGGCUCUCGACCGCCUCAGGGCUGCUCUUCAGGCGGAGGUCAGUCAGUCCAGGACUCCGGGGCCUAAGGCUCUGGGUGGAGCCCCGGCCCAGCUGGCCUCUCGGGGGGACUCCAUGGCUUGGUCUUCCUUGGCAGAGCCAGCCUGGCACCCGGCGGAGGAGGAGGAGGAGAGGAGGAGGAAGAGGAGGAUGGUGUGAAAGAAGGAAGGGAGAGGGAAGGAAGGAAGGAAGGAAGAGAGAGAAAAGGAAGGAAGGAAAGAAAAAGAAGGGAGAAGGAAGGAAAAGGGAGGGAGGGAAGGAAGGAAAUAAAAAGAAAGAAAAGGAAGACAGAAAAGGGAGGGAGGGGAAGGAAGGAGGGAGGGAAGAUUGGUUGGUUCUUCCUUCCCCUGGUGGAGCCUGCCAUCCCCCACCCCACACAGACCCUUCUUGUGGGGCUGAGCCAUGGGGAACAUCUCCUCGAACAUCUCUGCCUUCCAGUCGCUGCACAUCGUGAUGCUGGGCUUGGACUCAGCAGGCAAGACCACAGUCCUCUACCGGCUCAAGUUCAACGAGUUUGUCAACACGGUGCCCACCAUCGGCUUCAACACGGAGAAGAUCCGGCUGAGCAACGGCUCGGCCAAGGGCAUCAGCUGCCACUUCUGGGACGUGGGCGGCCAGGAGAAGCUGCGGCCCCUCUGGAAGUCCUACAGCCGCUGCACCGACGGCAUCAUCUACGUGGUGGACUCGGUGGACGUGGACCGCCUGGAGGAGGCCAAGACCGAGCUCCACAAGGUCACCAAGUUCGCCGAGAACCAAGGCACCCCGCUGCUGGUCAUCGCCAACAAGCAGGACCUUCCCAAGUCUCUGCCAGUGGCCGAGAUCGAGAAGCAGCUGGCCUUGCAGGAGCUGAGCCCCUCCACCACGUACCAUGUCCAGCCGGCCUGUGCCAUCAUCGGUGAAGGACUCACCGAGGGCAUGGACAAGCUCUACGAGAUGAUCCUCAAGCGGAGGAAGUCCCUCAAGCAGAAGAAGAAGCAGCAGCGGUAGAGGAGCAGGAGCAAAGGCCAAAGGGGGCCCUGACUGACUGACUGACUGACUGACUGGGAUGCUCCCCUGCCCCAUCCCCACGGGACAAAAAAGAAAGGCCUGGACUCUUGGGGACAUCCCUGCCCCUUGGUUCUGUGCUCCUGCAUGGACUGGAUGGCCCUUGGGAUGGUCUCUUCCAAUCCUGUGAUGUUGUGUUCCUGCAUGGCAGGGGGCUGGACUGGACAGCUCUUGGGAUGGUCCCUUGCGACCCUGUGAUGCUGUGUUCCUGCAUGGCAGGGAGGUUGGACUGGAUGGUCCUUGGGAUGGUCUCUUUCUACCCUGUGAUGCUGUGCUCCUGCAUGGCAAGAGAUAGGCCUGACUGGCCCUUGGGAUUGUCUCUUCCUACUCUGUGAUGCCACCAUCCACCUCAGUUUGGUUGCUCGGCUGGUUAAUACAUCAGCCGGCCCUUGGGAUCUGCCCAUGUCAGCCCUAGGUCCCUUCACAUCCCCUCCAUUUUCCUUUGGAGACCACCAUACUCCAUACUCUGAAUGUUCUAGCAGGACUAGAAGAUGACGGGAAGGAUUUUAUCCAGCUGUGGACUACUGAUAAGACAAGAGGCUUACCCUUGACAUUUUUUUUUUUUGGUUCCUUUUCAUUCCUCUGGAAGGUUUCUUCUUCUUUUUUUUAAAGAAAAAAAUACAUAAAUAUAUAUAUGAAUAAAUAUAUAUAAGUAUAAAAUGGGAGAAACUUAAUUUGGGAGAUGAAAAGUCACGACGCUUUUGGGAUGAACAGGGCAGGACCCUGCUUCACGUGGAUUAAGGUCUAUGCUCCCAUCUCAGGAUUUUAGUACAAGGUGAUGCGUGCAUGACGGACUAGACUUCAGAAAUAUUGCUUGAUGCGGGGAAGGGAUGGUGCUCUGAGGGGGGGAGGGAGAGGGGUUUGUGCAGAAUUGAUGCAUAUUAAAAAUAUGUGUAUAUUGUUUAAUGAUGGCUCUUUGAAGCCUUUGUGGAAAUUGUAUUUUUCAAUCUUACAGCAGACCUCUCUCCAAGGCAAUUUGUGGUCUGGCAUUGUGUAGGGUUCUGACCGAGAGCAACAAAAUGUAUGAAAUUGGUGAAAGAAAUGAUGCAAUACUACUUCCUGGAGUGAUUUGUGUGUUUUGCAAGAAACUGCUCCCUGCCCUUGGAUGUGAAGAUGUACACACAGUGGGGUGCCCAAAGGUGGAGACUGGCCUUUGCUCUUUUAAUGAGAUUUUAAAAAAGGUAAAGAGGAUGUAUGCCCCUUUGGGCAUGCCAAGUGUGUGGCAUCCCUGGAUUCCUAUAUAUUAAAAGAGAAUUCCGUAUAAUGGUGGUGUACUGAUGCACUUGAAUUGUAAAAUCUGAGCUGCCUGGAACCUUUCAGCUGCUGCCUGGUGCUGCAUUCUAAGCAUUAUCCUCAAAGAAAAUGUGGUUCUGGUUUUCAUGACCAAGCCACGCAGUGUAGCAAUAACCAGGAAAACAUUUUUGUUUAAUCAUAGCUUCCUGCUGUAACAUUCAAGUGCAGGGAUACUUUGCUGAAUCCAAUCAGAUAGAAAUAAUCUGCAUUUUUUUUUUUUUUCCAUUUCUGUGUCAUUCUGAUGGUUUUCAUGGACUAGAGGCCCAGCUCACUGCAGCAGCCAGAAAGCCACGGGGAGAAACCCAGACAGACAUUUGGCUGACAAUCUGGUGUGUGAAGAACAGAGAAGGAUGAAAAAACAAAUGGGUACGCUGAAUAUAAUGAAUAUUCAGACCCCCCCUCUCCGCCCAUCUCUUUAAAGCUGACAAGUAGGUUUAAGGCUAUGUGUUUUCAAAUCUAUGCCUCAGAGUUGUGCCUAUCAAGAGUCAAAUAGAAGUAAAAUGUAGUUAUCCCCCAUCCCUUUGAUAGCACAGGAGAAGUAUCUUGUUGCAGCACUAGCAGUGCAAUCCUUCACAAGUCUACUUAGCAGUAAGCCCCAUUGCUUUCAAUGGGAUUUACUGUCACCUAAACCUAAGCCUGCAAUCUUAUGUAUGUGCUUACCUAGCAGUAAGCCCCAUGGGAUUUAAUGGGACUCAGUUGUGCAUAAGCAUGUGUAGGAUUGUGCUGUAAGGCUGCAAUUUAUACAUACAGGUUUAGUCUCCCUUAUCUGAAAUGUUUAGGGCCAGAGGUGUUUAGGAUUUUGGAUUUUGGAAUAUUUGCAUAUACGUAAUGAGACAUUUUGGAGAUGGGAUCCAAGCCUAAACAUGAAAUUUAUAUUUCGCAUACACCUUACAAAUAGCCUGAAGUUAAUUUAUACAUAAUGUUUUUAAUAAUUUUGUGUGUGAAACAAAGUUUAUGUAUACUGAACCAUCAGAAAACAGCUACCGAUGUGGACAAUUUUGGUUUUUUGCGGGGGUUUUUUUGGUUUUCAGAAUUUUAGGUAAGGGAACCCAAAACACAGUGCAGAAAUAAUCCAGGUUGAGUCCACUUUAACUGCCCUGGCUCUGUGCAAGGAAAUCAUGGGAAUUGUAGUUUAUUGUGGCAUCAGAGCUCUCUGACAGAAAGAGCUCAAUGUUUCAGAAUUCUCUAGCAUUGAGCCAGGGCAGUUAAAGCAGUCUCAAACUGGAGUGUGUUUUGGACCAGAGACACAAAUGGUACUUGUUGUAUGUUGUAUUUAAAUUUAAAGUUGUAUUUAAAUCAGUGGCAUUUACUUCUGAGUAAGCAUGCACAGGAUCAGGUUGCAAUGCUAAAAUCCUGUGCAUACUUCCUUGGGAGCAAGCCUCACUGGACACAGACUUGGGUCAGAGUGAAUAUGCAAAGGAUUAGGCUCUGUGGUCAGCAAGAUAUUGGAUUCCUCAGAGGAAAGGCAGGGUACAAAUGAAAAAAGUAAUUAAAAUGGAAUCCAUUUGUAUAUAGUAAGCACACAAGGAAUGUGAUUUCGCAAGGGAGAAAAUUGUGAAGUAGGGGGCUGAAUACCUUUUCUAGAACGCUUGUAAUAAGCUUUGAUUGAUUGACUGACUCUUUAGUGAAUUGAAAAGUCAGCUGGAAAGAGAGCGUAUAUCCAUAUGAAAAUGUCACACUUAUAUAUAUGACCUGAUCUUCAUUCACACAAAAUUGUGGAAUUUGGAUUAUCAGCUUCCUGCUAAGAAAAUGUGAGUUCUAGAAACAGGAACAGAAAAGACGGGCAAAAAUAAGUGGCUUUAAAAAAAAAUCCCCCAUGUGCAAAUUUUUGAGUUCAUCAUGUCAGAUGAGCAACUUGAUGGGACUUGCAGAGGAGGGGAGGAAACUGUACCCUUUUGGGAUCACAUUGCCACUGGAUGUUAUAUUUGUGUUGCUUGCAAAAGUUUGCAAAAGCCAUCAAAACAUCAGCAAUUGUGGCACAAGACUGUGGUAGAAGAGAAUACUAGAGCAUUCUCCUGCAAUAUAGAGCUCUGUGAUACACCAAGCCAGUGUGUCCUCUUCACUCCCUGAAGUGACAAGAAGGAAAGCUGUUAUAUAGUUUUGAUGGUGGCACCCAAUUCUGCAGCAGUAGGGUUUGGGGGCAGAAUGGGCUGCCAAACAGGAGAGAUGAGUCCAUUAAAUGCAUUUCUCCCCUCUUCUUAGGGUAAACAAUAUAGGGUGUGUGGAAGUGGCUGCUGUUCAAGAUAUGGAUCAAUGGCCUCAAUACCCAAGAGAGCCUAAUGACAGUGUCUGCAGCCCCCACAAGACAGCAAAGAGUCCCACAAAACAGACUAACAGAGUUUUGGAAAUGGCUGAGAUGGAAUUAAUCAGAUGUAGAUGUCAGCCUCUUUUAUCCCCUUUGCCAAAUGUACUUUAGUUAUCUUCUGGCCCAACGAAGAGUGGUGCAGAACUCAAAACCUUAUGCAGUAUUUGGUGACCUUCCAGCUGGCUUAUUAAAUGCACUACACUAGAAAGAAAUUUAGCAGUUUCCUUUUAGAAAACUUGGCCAAGGGACAGGAGGGGAGAGCAAGCAAGAUCCAGACCAUUAAUUUAUCCUUUCAGCAGUGAGCUUUCCCAAUAGAUAUUUAGGAACCCCCUUUUAAGAAUUCAUAAGAAUUCAUUAGUUUUUUUCUGGAGGGAGCCCUUAAUCUUUUUUGUGACUGCAUAUUAGGUAAAAACUUUAAAAAAUAUAGAUGUCAUUUCCCCUUCUCCAUUGCUGCAGUUUCAUGCUAGAAAAAGCCUUUCGUCCUGUUUGUUUGUCUGGCAUGCACUUGUUAAACACAUAGGAACCCUGCCAUUAAGUGGCCACUGCUUGCAAGCAAGUAUUAUUAACAUGCCUGGAGAAUUCUAGUGACAUGAAUGGAAACUUGUUUGUCGAUCUACAGAGCGGGCUGGUCCCAUUGUUUUGAACUACCUUAUCACUGUUUUUGGUUUAAUUGUUAUUAUUUUUUCCACUCAUGACUCUCUCUCAAGCACAUUUGUUACCUCAUAACUGAGAGAGACAUAGAAUAUAUUUACUUUGACACAAUAUGAAAGCCAAAUUCUGUAAUUAAAAAAAAACAGUUUAGGAAUUAGAAAAUACUGUUCAGAUCAAACCCAGUGUACUGUAAAACUAAUGUGCAUUUGGAUUCAUUUUGUCACUGACACAAACUGGCUUCUUGCAAACUUACAUAACAAUUGUUAAAUCAAUGUAUCAUCUACUGUGCUUCCACAGAUCAAGUUGCAUAGGUGCUAAGUGACUGAAAUUAGGCCCCUUACUGGCCCCAGUUGAGCAAUACACACUGUGUUAAAUAUGCCAAUCUCCCAAAUAGUUCAACUUUAGUUGCUACAGGAGUAUUGAAGCAAUGUUCCUCCUCAGGCAGAAUGGAGAGGAAAUGGGUCAAUUAUAAACAUAAGACUACUUAUAAUCCCAAAAGAUCUUGCACUUUUUCUAGAAUAUGUUUGGGAGCUGCCCAUUUUGCUUACAGCAAAGCUUUAAAGCAUGUUCUUUGCCUUAUGAAAGCAUUGGCAACUCUAAGACCUAUCCUUCCUCUUUAAGUGAGAUAAAUCAAUGGAAGGUUGAAUACCGUAACAGUACUGUGGCUUUGCUAUCUACUGCUUCUCACAGUCACUUUUUCUUGUUAAAAGUUUAAAGCCUUUACUCUGUCCAAAAGCAGACAUGACCCAGCCUCUUCAUCAAUAAAUUAUCUGAUCAAAGGAGAAAGCCUGGAGAAAUAGGAUAGCUAAAAAUAUUGAUACUAAAGCUCUCUAUGACCCUCCCUUGAGAUCAUAUGCUUUCUACUCCCAGAUAUUUUGCCCUGUUAGCAUUUGAAGAUUUCUUAACUGAUGUUGUAACAUACCAGUCACAUUUCAGAUUUUUUCUUCACAAUGCGCCAAUUAAAGUAUUCUAGCAAACCUGA